UUGGGAACAACCAGGCGCCCAGCACUGACGACGCCGAUGCUGCCCUUGAUCCUCCGUCGGCUUGCAGACCCAAGCAUUCGUCUCGCCAGCGGCACCAGCGACGCCAGGGCAUCUUGAUCAGCCCCCAUCCCGGACUCUGCCUCCGGCCGACUUUGUCUGUCUGACCAUCGGCAACCCCGCUCGUCGUCUCUCCAAGUCUCACUCUUUCCCCUGUUCCCGCUCCCUUCUUCGGCAUGCUUCUCCGGCACUGCCACGCCGUUUGUCUUGGGAUCCUUGCGCUUGCGCUGGGCCUUCUGCCUCGGACGCUCGCCGAGCUGGUCGCUCCCGGCCAGCAUGUGCUGGACCACCAGCUGUUCCAUUACUACGCCAUCCAGGUCAAGUCAUCCCCCGAUCCGGUUUCUCAAGCCAAGGCCGUUGCCGACCGUCUGGGCUUCCAGUUCGUUGGCCGUGUCGGCGAGCUGGACGACUACUUUCUGCUCGCCUCCGAAAAGCCAUCGGAGCACCGGUCUGCCGAUGCCGACCAUCCCGCUGUCGCCGACCACCAUGCCAGAGUCAAGAAGCGCUUUGCCGAGGAGGAUCAUGUUCUGUGGGUCAACGAGCAAGUUCCCAAGCGACGGCUCUUCAAGCGGACGGGCAUGCCUGCCGACCCUCUUUCCCCGCGCAGCUCGCCCGAGCAGCAAUUUGGUAUCAAGGAUCCCGAUUUCGUACACCAGUGGCAUCUGGUGAACCGAGCCAAUCGUGGAAACGACAUCAACGUCACCGGCAUCUGGGCCAAGGGCUACCAUGGCCGGGGGGCAACCGUGUGCUUCAUUGACGACGGACUGGACUACGAGCAUCCCGAUCUGAAGCCCAACUUUUACGCCGCAGGCUCAUAUGACUACAAUGUCCACACCGCCCUGCCCAAACCUACCCUCAGCGACGACAACCACGGCACCCGAUGUGCUGGAGAAGUCGCGGCUAUCAGCAACGAUGUUUGUGGAGUCGGAAUCGCCUGGAAAGCCCGAGUAUCGGGCGUCCGCAUUCUCUCGGGCGAGCUGACCGAAGUCGACGAGGCAGCCGCCAUCAACUACGACUUCCAAAACAACCACAUCUACUCGUGCAGCUGGGGACCUGCCGACAAUGGCAAGGAGAUGGAUGCCCCGCCCAAGAUUGUCAAGGACGCAGUCCUGAACGGCAUCCAGAACGGCCGCCACGGACUGGGCUCCAUCUUUGUUUUUGCCUCGGGCAACGGGCGGGCCAACCGAGACAACUGCAACUUUGAUGGCUAUACCAACAGCAUCUACACAGUCACCGUCGCCGCCAUUGACUCGGAAAACAACCACCCGUACUACUCGGAAGAGUGCUCUGCAAACAUGGUGUCUACCUAUAGCAGCGGAGCCGGCAACGCCAUUUACACGACUAGCUGGCCGGAACAGUGCACCUCGCGGCACGGCGGAACCUCGGCGGCCGCACCUAUUGUCUCGGGCAUCUAUGCGCUUGCUCUAGGCGUUCGGCCCGAAUUGACCUGGCGCGACAUUCAGCAUCUCACCGUCCAAACAGCAAUCCCCAUCACGGUCGGCGAUCCUGACUGGGAUACUGUGGCCCUGGGACGCAAGUACAACCACAAGUUUGGAUUCGGCAAGAUCGACGCCUACCACUUUGUGAUCAAGGCGCUGACCCAUGUGGUGAUCAAUCCUCAGGUUCAUUUUGCCAGCCCCGUCACGGUGGUUUCCAAGGCGAUCCCCCAGGAGUCGGCCGAAGGGCCAUCCCACGGCAUCGCCUCAUCCUUUGAGCUCACCCGCCAGGAUAUGGACGACAGCGACAUGAAGCGCCUGGAGCACAUCACCGUCACCGUCAACAUCCAUCACCAGCGUCGAGGUGACGUCGAGGUCACCCUGACGUCCCCACACAAUGUCACCUCGCAGCUGGCUGUACGUCGAGACCUCGAUACCAACACGGCUGGCUUCCAGAACUGGACCUUCAUGACGGUCAAGCACUGGGAAGAGGAUCCGGUUGGUGUGUGGACACUGCGUGUCUUUGACCGGUACUCCGAAGAAGCACACGGGUUCUUUGACUCCUGGAAAAUGACUUUCUGGGGCGAGUCCCACCCCAAGCACAGGGGCGGCAGCAGCAAGGCACACACAAGCAGCACGCUCCAUCUCGCUUCAUCGGCGAGCUCGGCCGACACAGCAACGCAUCCUGCGAUCGUGUCGACAUCCGCCGCGCCUCUUGCGCCGUCCUCGAUCGAGUCGACGAUAUCUUCGGCGUCGCCCGGUGCCACGGCCAAUCCCGAACCCGAACUGAUUGCCGUCACAGAGCCCGCUGGCGCCAAGCCCACCGAGACCUACCCGAGCGAGGAUGCGUCCGAUACCCCGACCUACCACGACGCCUCGCCGACAUCGACGGCAGCCGGAAACUGGGUGCCGCCGAGCCAUACCCGGUCCAGCGUGGCCAUCUCGGUCGCAUCGCUCGUAUCGGCGGCCACACUGUGCGGACUCGUCUUUGUCUUCCGCGGCAAGAUUUGCGGCGCCAUCAAGCGCACGACGUUCUCACGGCGGGCAAAUGCGCGAUACAGCGGCACGCGCGGGAUGGACUAUGAGUUUGUGGAGAUGCUCGGGCCGGACCAAGACGACGAGGGCGGCCACGGCGGCGCCAGCGCUAGCGCUGAGGACGACGACGACGGAGAUCUGGGAUACACCCGCUAUGCCGAUCCGCGGCAGAAUCUGAUUGCAACGGCCCUUGGCGGACCGCGCUUCGACGUCGAGAGCUUUGAAGUGGAUGCCGAUCUCGACGAGGAGCUGGAGCGGUUUUCAGUUUGAGUGUGCUGUUGCCUUGGGAAGAAAUGUUGUGCCCGGAGCUGGCU